AUGUCCAUCAGCAUGGUCGAUAAUAAUGAAAGAGCCUUGAGCGCUGCUUUACCUAUACCCACUGAAGAGACAGGACCGGGCGGUUGCCGAGACGUGAUCCCGAGUUCUGCAAACGACCGCUGUUUGGUCGUUAAUGCUCGUGAUAUUGACCUAGACACGCCCUGUGUGGCGGUACUAGCCCCCAGUGAGAGAGAAUGCCAGGGUUGGUUAACGAACGGAGCCGUGCGCGAGUACCAUGACAGAGAGACAUUGGCAGAGAAUAUCGUACACGGUUGGCGUAUGCUGCCAAGACGCGCCAGGGAGUGGUCAAAGUCGUUACUGCAGCAUGUCGGUAUCAAGCACGCGGCACGGCAAACGGCAACAUUUGUCAGUGAAGAUGCACACCUUAAUGUCUUCCAACGUGUUCGGCAUUGA